UCCCUCAUCUUAUCCGAUUUGAGCUUCAUAAUAACUCUUUCUAGGGGUCUAUUCCUGCACAGAUUAGUAAUCUUUCGAGACUCUACUAUAUUGACUUUUCUUCAAUCAUUUUAUUGGAAAAGUUCCAUCAGAAUUAGGGAGCUUACGAAACCUACAACUUCUCUAUCUUUAUAAAAACAACCUUUCAGGAUCAAUUCCUCAAGAACUUGGGAUGUUGACUUUGGUUUGGGAUCUUCAGCUCUCAAAAAACAAUCUCACUGGCCCAAUUCCAACUUCAAUUUAGAAUUUAACCAACUUAGUCCUUUUAGACCUUCAUGAUAACCAUCUUUCAAGUUCAAUCCCAACUUUGAUUGGGAAUUUAACCGAGUUAACUAAUCUACACCUUUCCCGUAACCAACUUUUGGGACCAAUCCCUCAUUCGCUAGGAAAUUUGAGUUCCCUUAUAAGACUGGCCUUGUUCAAUAAUAAACUUAGCAAAUCUUUCGCAUUUACUUGCAUUCUUCAUAAACGAGAACAAGCUCACUGGUCGUCUACCUCAAAAUCUAUGCCUAGAUGGAUGAAUUAUUAGGGUUACGUGGUGAUCUACUAUAGCAAGGUACUUAAAAUAACAAGCAUUCAUGAAAAGAUUAUAAUUUAGGAGUUGCUUUUGUCAAGCAGGGGCAUUUGAUUUUGGGGAUUGUGCUGUCGUGUUGUGUUUCUCAUGCUUCAAACUGUAUCUUCUCUUCUUCCUUCUUUCCCUUUCACUGUACGAUGAGAAAGAAAGGGCCACCAUGUCCAUGACUCCACGACCGACCGUUGCCGCCACCUGCCAGCCGCACCGCCGCACCGCUGUCACCUUCACCUGCCGGCCACGAAACCUAUCCCUCUUCUCAUGACCGUCUCUCUCUCUCACGACUAUCGCCCCCACCCACCAAUCGCACCGCUGGCCACGAAACCCAUCCCUCUCACGAUCGUCUCUCUACCUCUCAUGAACGUCGCCCCCCACCCGCCAGUCGCAGCGCCGUCGCUCUCACCCACCGGCCGCGAUACCCAUCCCUUCCACACCAUGUGAAUCAGUCAAGUCUAUAGAGAUGGAUGUAACAUCAAAUCGGAAACCAAAUUGCUCCUCUUCCACACCACGCAGGGCAACAACAUCGCCUUGCGCUGCCCAUUUAGCCGAAUUCAAAAUACGACUUUUGCUCUAGGGUUCACUGGAAAUUGGCCCCAUUUGCAGCUCAAACACCAAUUAAAUUAAAAGUCUAUUUGAUCUUUCUUUGAAGAUUCUAAGUCUUUCCAGUCCAGUUGGUGGGCAGUUCAUCAAUAUAGAGUUUCGAUCUAUGAAUAAUAACACCACCACCCUUUUCUUAGAUCAAAUAGCUAAGAGCAAUGUCAUAUUCCCAAGCAAUUAGUUCACUUGCCAUGCAUCUUGUGCCUGCCAUGGCUCUUCUUGUAUUGGCCUCCUCUUCCUAUACUACUGCUGCUUCUCUGUCCAAUGAUGAAGCAGCGGCUCUGUUGAGAUGGAAAGCCAGCCUUGAAAACCAAAGCCAAUCUCUGCUGCCAUCAUGGGACGUUGGAAGCAACCAUUCUUAUUGUAAUUGGACUGGAAUUGGUUGCGACAACACCAGUAGCAUCACCCACAUUAUCCUUAACAGCGUAGACUUGACAGGUACACUUUUCAGUUUUAGCUUCUCCUCUUUCCCUCAUCUUAUCCGAUUUGAGCUUCAUAACAACUCAUUCUACGGGUCUAUUCCUGCACAGAUUGGUAAUCUUUCGAAACUCUACUAUAUUGAUUUUUCUUCAAAUCAUUUUAUUGGAAAAGUUCCAUCAGAAUUAGGGAGCUUGCGAAACCUACAAUGUCUUUAUCUUCAUAAAAACAACUUUUCGGGAUCAAUUCCUCAAGAACUUGGGAUGUUGACUUUGAUUUGGGAUCUUCAGCUCUCAAAAAACAAUCUCACAGGCCCAAUUCCAACUUCAAUUUGGAAUUUAUCCAACUUAGACCGUUUAAUACUUUCAAAAAACCAUCUUUCAAGUUCAAUCCCAACUUUGAUUGGGAAUUUAAGCAAGUUAACUAGUCUACGACUUUCCCGAAACAAACUUUCGGGACCAAUCCCUCAUUCAUUAGGAAAUUUGAAUUCCCUUACUCAACUGGUCUUGUUCAAUAAUAAACUUAGUGGCCCUAUUCCUUCAGAAUUAGCCAAUCUUACACAUUUGCAGAAAUUCUCAAUAGGCAAUAACAAGCUCACUGGUCGUCUACCUCAAAAUCUAUGCCUAGGUGGAUCACUCAUAACACUUGGUGCAUCAAACAACAAUUUAACAGGCAACAUCCCCAAAAGCUUGCGAAAUUGCAAUAGCUUGUUUCGAGUUAGGCUCGAGAACAACCAACUAGAGGGUAAUUUACAGGAGGAGUUUGGUGUAUUACCAAGCUUAGAUUACAUGGAUUUGAGUUAUAAUCGUUUCAGAGGCAAGCUUUCGAAAAAAUGGGGGCAGUUCAGGAAUUUGACUAAGUUAGUGAUCUCCAAUAAUCAGCUCACUGGAAACAUGCCGCCUGACUUUGCUGCAGCAACUAAGUUACAGUUUCUUGACCUCUCUUCAAACCAUCUAGUGGGGGAGAUCCCAAAGAAUUUGAGGGAAUUGGGCUUACUAUUCCACCUUAAUUUGAGUAAUAACAUGCUUUCAGGCAAUAUCCCAACAGAAAUAUUUGGUACCCAAUCCAGUUUACAAAACCUUGAUCUAGCAGCAAACAACCUUACUAGUUCAAUUCCAAGGGAGAUAGCAAACUGUGAAAACUUACAAAACUUGAAUUUGGGUGAGAAUCGACUCGCAGGUGGUAUUCCUUUUGAGAUAGAAAAAUUACAAUUUCUUCAAAGCCUUGAUCUUGGAGACAACAAUUUAAUGGGUGAAAUACCAUCUCAGCUUGGGAAAAUGCCAAGGUUGGAGAAAUUGAAUCUCUCCCACAACAUGCUUUCUGGUUCCAUCCCUUCCUCUUUUGGCGAUCAGCCAACAAGUUUGACGUUUAUUGAUAUAUCUUACAAUAACUUGAAAGGUCCUCUACCAAACACCAAGGUUUUUGAAACAUAUGAAGCAUACAGAGGUAACGGCGGUUUGUGUGGCAAUCAGAUGGGCUUGAUACCCUGCUCAUCACCUAAAGUGAAGAACAAUGCUGAUAAAUCUAGAACAAAAACCAAAUUUGUUCUUGUUGUGGUAGUUCCUUUGGUAGGGACUCUAUUUCUUUUACUUCUUGUUGUUGGGAUCUUUCAAUUUUUGAGCAAAAGAGUAGUAUUAAAAGCAGAAAGUGAGAUCCAAGUUGUACAUAAUGAAAAUUUAUUUGAAAUAUGGAGCUAUGAUGGGAAAAUAGUGUACCAAAACAUCAUAGAAGCAACAGAGGACUUCAAUGAGAAAUACUACAUCGGACGAGGAGGAUAUGGCAUUGUUUAUAAAGCUAAGUUUUCAAAUGGUUUAGUUGUUGCUGUGAAGAAGACCCAUCCUUCCCAAGAGGGCAAUUUAGUUGAUUUAAAAAGCUUUAGGAGUGAGAUUCAUGCACUAAUAGAGGCACGGCAUCGUAACAUCAUAAAACUUUAUGGUUUUUGUUUAGAUUCACUUCGUUCAUUUUUGGUUUAUGAGUUCUUAGAAGGAGAUAGCUUGGAGAAUAAGCUCAGAAAUGAUGAAAUAGCAUUGAUGUUUGACUGGGGCAAAAGAAUGAAUGCUAUCAAAGGUGUAGCGAGUGGUUUGUGUUAUAUGCAUCAUGAAUGUUCACACCCAAUCAUCCAUAGAGACAUAUCAAGUAAGAAUAUUUUGUUUGAUUCAGAAUGUGUUGCACACAUAUCUGAUUUUGGCACUGCUAGGCUCUUAAGCCUCCACUCCUCCAAUUGGACUUCAUUUGCUGGGACCUUUGGAUAUGCGGCUCCAGAACUUGCUUAUACAAUGGAAGUGAAUGCAAAGUUGGAUGUUUAUAGUUUUGGGAUUUUAACAUUAGAGGUGUUAAUGGGAAAACACCCAUGUGAUCUUAUCUCAUCUCUUUCCUCUUCGUGUUCCUCGUCUUCCUCAUCAUUGCCUUCUACUUUUUAUGGCAUAUUAUUGAAAGAUGUAUUAGACAAUCACCUCCCACCACCAGAGGAUCAAGUAGCAGAGAAAAUUGUGAUUACCACAAAGUUAGCACUUGCUUGCGUUAACAUCGAUCCACAUCUCCGACCAUCUAUGAAGCAAGUUUUUGUGGAGCUAUCAAAACUGAGGCCAUUUUCAGAGAGUUCAUUCCACACAAUUACUUUAGGUCAACUCCUUAAUUUCAAUUGUAUUUAGCUAUCUUUGUUUCUUUUUAAGGUUUGAUAUAGUCUCUACAUAUAUCUAUCAUAUCCUGUAGUUUUUACUUGAAUGUAUUUUUUCUUAUAGUUUAAUAGCUUAUUUAGAAAAAAAAUUAAAGUAGACUUCUCUUUUUUCCUUGUAAUCUUUUUCCUGGGGGAAUUGUGGGACUAAAUAUUAGAUAUUCACUAUUUAAACAUGAAAAUGGUUGGAUAUCAUUAGUCAAGUUU